UGCGGAGAAAACUCUAUUUGCUGUAAAAAGCGUAAAAAAAAGAAAAAAAAAGAUUUUCUUAUUAAUAUGUUUCUAUAUAUUCUGAGCUGGAUUUCUACUCUGUUACAUAUUGUCUUUGCAACUUUAUCAUUAGCUGCUGGUCUGUAUUAUGUUGCUGAAGUAGUCGAAGAAUAUUCUGUAAUGACUGCUAAAGUUAUCAAAUACAUGAUUUAUACAACUAUAGCAAUCAACAUUGGUUUAUUGGUGUUUGAAGAAAUGCCUUUAUAUUUAAUUGGAUUGGGUUUUUUUACAAGCAUUGACCAUAUUUUUCUUUUGAAAGAGUUUCCAAACAUUUCACUUUUAUCUCCAUCGUUUAUUAUUGCUGGAGUAAUGGUGUUUGUGAAUCACUACUAUGCAUUCCAAUAUUUUUCAACUAUUUACUACCAAUUUUCAGAGGUUUUAGCUUAUUUUACUCUUUGUCAAUGGAUGGUUCCAUUUGCUUUUUUUGUAUCAUUAUCAGUUAAUGAAUCAACCCUACCAACUACAACAACAUAUGAAACUCAAUCCUAUAAUAUGAAUAAAUCAAAAAGAUCUGGCAUUCUUGGUAUUUUUGAUUACAUAGCACAAAAGAAAUAUUUAUUGAAAGACUAUUUUUUACAAAGAAAACAUAUUUAUUAAAAAAAAAAACAUUUUGCUGUUUACUUUUAUUUUGUAAUGUACAAACUAAUAAACAACGUUGUUUCUUUUUGUUCAUAGUUUAAUUGUCAAUAACUCUUGUAGAGUUU